AUGGCUCAACGUGUUACUUACAGAAGAAGAAAUCCAUACAACACCAGAUCUAACAAGAUCAAGGUCGUUAAAACCCCAGGUGGUAAAUUAGUUGCCCAACACUUAAAAAAACAAGCUACCAGACCAAAAUGUGGUGACUGUGGUAACGUUUUAGCCGGUAUCUCUACUUUAAGACCAAGAGAAUACGCUUCCGUUUCUAAAACUCACAAAACCGUUCAAAGAGCUUACGGUGGUUCCAGAUGUGCCAACUGUGUCAAAGAAAGAAUUGUCAGAGCUUUCUUAAUUGAAGAACAAAAGAUCGUUAAAAGAGUCUUAAAAGAACAACAAGAAAAAGAAAAGAAAGCUUCUUCUAAAAAAACCGGUAAAAAAUAAACUAUUUAACUUAGGAAUCUAAAUAAAUAAUUGUAAUAUUUAAUCACUUUGGUUAGUUGUUAUGAUGACUUCUAUGUAAAUUUUUUAUCGUUUUUCUAAUACACAACUCAU